CAACAAUCCACUCGGGACUGCAAUUCGCCGUCCGUGUGUGGGGUGUGGUAGGGUUGCCACAGACCAAAGCCUCGUAGCGGCUGCUUCGAACAUGCGGGCACCUGGUCCACUCGCUGCAGGCUUCGACCUUCAUGCACAUCUCGAGAUGACCUCCGCUCAUCAUAUCCUAGCGUUUAGUCUGCCGCGGUAUUUUGCAUCCUGCUUCUUGGCACACCGACCACCCCUGUUUACUAGAACCCUGACCUUAUCACACUGGGACCAAGCUCCUACCCUUACCCGUCGAGAGCCAAAUAAUACUUACCCACCUUGAUGCGCCUCUCUAUGCUUCAUUGAGAAUUGCCCCUCAUCCAUUUGUCUAUCUUUCUUACACACCUUACACGGCACUCGACUACAGAUGCACUAUCGUUAGCACUUGUAACAACCACCAACACCACUCGUUUUUCCCAACAUGGCUGUCGCCACGCCUACCACCACCCAGCCCAUUGAGGUCAAGAAGGUCGAUGACGCCAGCAAUGCGAAUGCCGCACCCAAGAAGAGGAGAAGAAGAGCACCGGCCACUGGUGCUACAGAGGACUGCUUCUCUUGCAAGAAGCGUUCAGUCAAGUGUGACCGGAGACGACCAUACUGCGGACAGUGUGUCGAAAUCGGCAAAGACUGCACUGGAUAUCGUACAACUCUAACAUGGGGAGUGGGAGUUGCUAGCCGUGGAAAGCUUCGAGGCUUGUCGCUACCUGUUGCCAAAUCCCCGCCUACCACCAAUACCACACGCAAAGAGUCGAGUGCAUCCGCCUCCACGACCAAUGGCUCUACCAGCGCCAGCCAUCAUUCAUCCAGCUUCAACAGCCGAGCAAGCGUCGACUUCGGUAUCCACACGCCCACAAGUCCCAUGAGCCCCGCCAGCAUCUACUCGGCCCCGCAAGAAUACCAGUACUUCGGUCCAACCAGCCCAAUCCCCAUUCCCUCGCCGUCGACCCCACUUGGAUUCCCCAUGCAGUCACAUGGAGAGCACUUCGAUAUGAUGCACUCGUUUACCUCGAAGAUGAGGAGACCAUCGCAGCUCAACAGAGGGCCUCUCCAGAGGCUGCAUACCUCAAUACAUUUGCCGUUUGAUGAAGGUGGUUUGUCAGCCUCGACUGCAUCGCUCGGCACAUAUAGCGACAGCGACUUCCCAUCACCUGGAGAGUACCCACGUACCCCUGCGGAUGAGUUUCCUUUUGCGGACUCCUCAGUCCCACAGUAUUCGCCCAUCCACUCCUACGACCAAGCACGUAUCGGCUCAAUGGACGGCUUCUUCCACGAGGCUCCUCGAUCACUGCCCAUGGCGGACGACAUGAGCUCCAGUGUUAGCUCAGAUCAGAGCCUGCAGGACUAUAUCGAGGUGAGCUCGGCACAGCAGAGCAUGGGACCUGUUGUGUUUCACGAUGUUUUUGCGGAAGGGGAUGUAAGCUCGAGUUAUACUGCGUUGUCUCAGCCAGCUUUCUCUUUUCUUCCAUCGGAGGGUACGUCUAUGUCUUCUUACGGUUCUGGUCCCCUGUCUCUCGACGUACUCUCGCUCACCACAUCUAUUCCUCAGAGCCUUGCUAUCGCUUCGCCCCUUUCCCCUCGGAUGCUAUACCUGAUGGACUACUACGACAAAUUUAUAUGCCCGGUGCUGGUGGCUUUUGAUGGCCCGUCAAAUCCCUACCGUAUGCAUAUCAUCCCUCUAGCCAUGCAGAACGAAGAACUCCAGAAUGCCAUCGCCGCGCUAUCGACGAAUAAUAUGCGCAUGCGCGGAGGUCUAGAGGGCCGGCGCCUGAGUGCGUCUGGAGAUCACCGCCUCAUUCCGCAGCACGCAUACUCGCAAAUGACCACUUCCGAGCUACGAGAAAUGCAUGGUCAGCCGACCAGCGAGGAGAAGCAUCACAAGGCGCAAUCAAUUGCUCUGUUGAACAGAAAGCUAGUGGAUAUCAACGGCUCGCAGGACGACUCUGUUCUAGCCACACUUCUUAUUCUUUGCCUCUUCCACGUCUGCGACUCAGGAUUCACAAAAUUCAAGACCCAGCUCGCAGGCGUACAGAAGCUGCUUGCUAUGCGCGAUAGGACUGUGCAGUCUGAUUUUGUUGGUUGGAUCGAGCUCUUCUUCACAUGGUUCGAUGUCAUGACAGCGGCCGUCAACGACCGUGAGAUUGAAGUUCGUGGCGACUCACUGGAUAUGAUGAAUCUCACUGCCAAUCUCGGCGUUCUGGAGCACCACUCUGGCUGCGAAGGUCGCCUAUUCAAGCUCAUUGCUCGACUCGGAAGGCUCAACCUACUGAGCCAGAAUCGACCUGUACGCGACAACGACGACACGCCUCGAUCUUCUCCACGGCCGAAGAAACUUAAUGACUUCUAUUCUUUCAACUUUGACCAAAUUGAUGGUAACGGCUGGGGCACACCGAUUAUCGAGUAUCAGGAUCCGUUUACAUCUGCACGCGAAGACCCAUGCUCUCCAUUCUGGGUUGAGUGGAACGAUGUACGAAAUCGUCUGCAGGAGUGGGAAUUCGGUGCGCCGGGUGAGAACGCUGCAGAUAACUGCGAAGCAUCGUCCUCGAUGCUCACCAUGUCUCCCAACGAAGCUGCACUGUUCCACAUCAGUGAGAGCUUCCGCUACGCAGCGCUGCUCUACACUGAGCGCCUCGCCCAUCCCACACUUCCAGCUGGCGCACUCAACUUCCAGAACCUCGUCGCACAAGGACUCUUCCACAUCUCACAGAUCGGCAUCACAAGUUGCGUCAACAAGUUUUUACUCUGGCCCCUAUUCAUUGUCGGCACUGAGUGUGUCGAUACUGAGCACCGCGCCGUUGUGCGACAGCGCUGCGUCGAGAUCCAACGCGAGAGCGGCUUCUUCAACAACCUCAGUGGUCUGGAAGUGCUCGAACGCGUAUGGCAGGACGACGACGAGUGGGUUGAUGGCGACAUGCAGAGCUCACGACAAGGUCCCUUUGGUACACUACAGCAGGCGUUCCGGUGGAGAAAAGCGAUGGAUCGCGUCGAUGGGGAAUACAUUGUCAUCUAAUUUUGGUGGGGUGCAGCGGGAUCUCGCGUCUGUUGGGCACAUGCAUUGGAGCCGGGGUUAGCAUUUAUUCGGCAAAAGUGGUGAUGCGUCGAGCGAUAACGUUGAUUGUCUUUGUAUAUUGCAAGAUGUUAUGGGCAGCGAUACCCUGGCGAAGAUGAAGCAGCUCGAUCUGCUAUUGAUUAACGAAAUGUACGAAAGCGUUACUAUUCUACUCUA